UCUUCCCCAAUUUUAAACCCCCACAAAAUUCACAAAGGCUGUCUGAAUACUUGAACACUACUGGAGUACUUAAGAUCAGAUUCCAACAAUCUCAAAUAUAUCUACUUGUUAGAUGCACCAAAUCCAAGAAUCUGUAAGUAUCUAUUGACUGAGAGAAGAAAAGGGGUUGAAGAUGGAGGUGGAACUGGAGCCUAGAGUGAAGGCUUUGGGCUAUAAAGUAAAGGGUAUGUCCAGAGAGUCCCCAUCUCAAAAGGGUAUUCACGUUCUUGAUAAUGACCUUCGUACUCACUGGUCUACUGCUACUAAUACUAAGGAGUGGAUUCUUCUUGAACUCGAUGAACCUUGUUUAUUAUCACAUAUAAGGAUCUACAAUAAGUCUGUUUUGGAAUGGGAAAUCUCAGUUGGCUUGCGUUAUAAGCCGGAGGCAUUUGUUAAAGUCCGUCCACGUUGUGAAGCUCCUCGUCGUGACAUGAUGUAUCCAAUGAACUAUACUCCUUGUCGCUAUGUGAGAAUUUCCUGUCUCAGAGGGAAUCCUAUAGCUAUAUUCUUCAUUCAGUUGAUUGGCGUUCCAGUUACUGGUCUUGAACCCGAGUUUCAGCCAGUUGUUUCUUACCUAUUACCUCAUAUAAUAUCGCACAAACAAGAUGCUCAUGAUAUGCAUUUACAGUUACUACAAGACAUGACAAAUCGGUUGACAAUGUUCAUUCCACAACUUGAGGCUGAGCUUAACAGCUUUUCAGAUGCUCCAGAGUCCAACAUACGUUUUCUUGCUAUGCUUGCUGGUCCACUUUAUCCUAUUCUUUACAUUGUAAAUGAGAGAGAGACUGCUAGAUUAGCAGGUAGUAGCACCGAGUCUGAAGCUUCUAAGAGCGGUCAGUCAUCCUCAGCUUUACUAGUUUCCUCUAAUUUCGAGCCAAGAAGAUCUCGCACUGCGUCACCUACACUGUUACCAACAUCCAGCUCUAUAGUUUUUCGUCCAGAUGCAUUAGUUUUGUUGCUAAGGAAGGCUUACAGGGAUCCUAAUCUUGGAACAGUUUGCAGAAUGGCAGCUAGAAUACUGCUAAAGUUAGUUGAGCCCCAGUCAAAACAGAAAGCAUCUAUUGCCUCUGAUACUACAGCCUCUAUAUCUGAUGAGUCUUUAAUAAAUGAUCAAUCUGAUCCUGUUUCUUUAGUUGAUUAUUCAAGUUUAUUUGGUGAAGAAUUCCAGAUUUUAGGAGAUCAGUGGGACUCUAGCUAUCUUACUUUCUUGGAUAAUAGGGCCAUUGAAGGAGUUUUACAUGUUCUUUAUGCUUGUGCGUCCCAGACUCUGUUAUGCAGCAAGCUGGCAAAUGGCACUUCUGACUUUUGGGCGGCACUGCCACUUGUACAAGCUUUACUUCCAGCACUUCGUCCUAAUGUCAGUAGUCCUGAUCAGGUUGAUGAUAAUUUUACUCAAUGGAAACAGCCAUAUGUGCUUUAUGCCCUGUCACAGAUUGUGGCAAUAUCAUCAUCAGCAUCAUUUCAUCCAUUACUUCGUGGAUGUGCAGGUUACUUGUCAUCGUUUUCUCCAUCACAUGCUAGGGCUGCAAGCGUCCUCAUUGAUUUGUGCUCUGGUGUGCUCGCACCAUGGUUAGGCCAAGUGGCUGCAAAGGUAGACCUGACUGUGGAGCUUUUGGAGGAUCUUUUGGGUGUAAUCCAAGAUGCUCGUCAUUCAUUGACCCGUGCUCGUGCUGCCCUAAAAUACAUUAUACUGGCUCUGUCUGGGCACAUGGAUGAUAUUAUGGGAAGAUAUAAGGAGGUUAAGCAUCGGAUUCUCUUCCUUUUUGAGAUGUUGGAACCUUAUCUUGAUCCAGCUAUAAGCCCUCUGAAGAGUUCAAUAGCGUUCGGUAAUGUAGCUCCAGUAUUUCUUGAGAAACAGGAAAACUCUUGCGCAAUCGCACUCAAUGUUAUUCGCACAGGAGUAAAAAAGUUUUCUGUUCUUCCUUCUCUGGAAUCUGAAUGGAGGCGUGAAUCAGUUGCUCCUAGCGUUCUUCUAUCUAUAUUGGAUCCACACAUGCAGUUACCUUCUGAUAUCAAUCUUUGCAAGUUCAAUGUUAAUGAGAAUUCAGAAGCACAAGUCUCUACUGGACCACCUCUUUCUUCAGUUCAUUACCAAAUUGGAGUUUCUACAAAGCAUAAUAGCCAGGUUGAUACUGAUUUAAAAGCAGAUGUUUCUGAUGCUACAAAGACGGAUGUUAGUGAGGAUGUAAGUCUUGUUUUUGCCCCUCCGGAACUUAGGAGCAUGGCCUUGAGUACUGUCUGUAUCAGCCCUGAAAAGAUCUCAGAUAUAAGUUGUUGCCUCGUCGACACCAAGGACAAAAAUGCAAUUGAGAGAAAUGUAAAGAAUCAGUUUCAAAAUAAUAUAGGAGUGGAUGAUAGUUAUGCUAUUAGGUGUACUGAUUUGAAUGCAGAUUAUCUUCAGCUUGUGACCUAUCAUGACUCUGAGUUGUGGGCUACUGAGUUUAGGCGUUUGGCUUUGGAUUUGAAUUCUCAAAACGAGAAUAGACCUGAGAGUCAUCUGGCUGCAAUUGAUUCUUUACUUUUAGCAGCAGAAUGUUAUGUGAAUCCUUUCUUUUUGAAUUCUUUUAAACAAUCUGAUAUUAGCAAGAUUAGUAAAACAUAUGAUUUAGCAGAUCUUAAAAGGGUUCUGGAAGAGAGCCACAGUAAACUGGAUACUGUAUCUCAUCUAGAAAGAAGAAGGGACACUGUUGUUCUACAAAUUUUACUUGAGGCCGCACAAUUAGACAGGAAGUAUAAGCUGAUAUCGUUAGAUGGGGAACAUACUUCAUCUGGCACUGAAGGAAAUGAAGAAGUCAUUAAUUUGUCACAACAUGAUACUUAUUAUGUGGAUGCCAUCACCUUAGUUCGGCAGAAUCAAGAAUUGUUGUUCAACUUUCUUAUAAAGCGGUUACUUGCAGAUAAAAAUUCCAUGCAUGAAGUGCUCAUGCAGAGUCUUGUAUUCUUGUUGCAUUCGGCAACUAAGCUGUAUUGUACACCUGAAAAUGUCAUUGAUAUCAUAAUAGAAUCUGCUGAGUUCUUGAAUGGGCUGCUGAUGUCUUUUUAUUGUCAAUUUAAAGAAGGAAAUCUUAAGUUGGAUCCUGUCAAAGUGCAUGAAGUACAACGUCGUUGGCUGCUACUUCAAAGACUGGUGGCUGCUUCAAGUGGUAAUGAAGGUCUGAAUAAGCCCAUGGGUUUCACCAAUUCCCUUCGCUUUAUGAACUUGAUUCCUCCGUCUGCCUGGAUACAGAAAAUACCUACAAUCUCCUCGUCUUCCUUUCCUCUGGUUCGCUUCCUUGGUUGGAUGGCGGUAUCACGUAAUGCCAAAGUCUAUCAGAAGGAGAAGCUAUUUCUUGCUUCAGAUCUGUCACAGCUGAUGUAUUUAUUAUCUAUUUUUUCAGAUGAACUUGCAGUAUUGGAAAGUAGUGCCAAUCAACAAAAUCAGGAAGUGAGUAUUAAUGAACUUAAACAUCUUCCUCCUGACAAAGAUAUCAAACUUCCUAAUCAAAAGGCUGUGGAUCAAUCUUUUCGAGCUAUCUACCCUGAAAUCAGUUAUUUCUUUCCUGAUAUGAAAAAAGAUUUUGAAUCCUUUGGACAGAUCAUAUUGGAGGCAGUUGGUUUGCAGUUGAGAUCUUUGUCUUCAAGUGUUGUUCCAGAUCUAUUGUGUUGGUUUUCAGAUCUAUGUUCAUGGCCAUUUAUCCAGAAGAGAGAUGACAGCAGGUUAUCAUCUACCGAAAUUUCUGUUCAAUAUAAAGGCUUUAUGGGGAAAAACGCAAAAGCUGUCAUCCUAUACAUACUCGAGUCCAUUGUAGUGGAGCACAUGGAAGCAAUGGUUCCUGAAGUGCCUAGGGUUGUUCAAGUACUUGUAUCAUUGUGUCAGGCCUCAUACUGUGAUGUAUCAUUUCUCGAGGCUGUAUUGCUCUUGUUGAAUCCAGUAAUUGCAUAUUCUUUGCAUAAGGUGUCUGAUGAAGAGAAACUCUUGGUCGAUGAACCCUGUCUUAAUUUUGAAUCUUUAUGCUUCGAUGAGCUUUUUCAUAAUAUUAGACCCAAUAGUGAGAAACAGGAUGAGAUGCCAAAAAAAAGUAACUACAGCAGAUCGCUAACAAUUUUUAUACUGGCUUCUGUUUUCCCGGAAUUAACAUUUAAACGUAAAAGGGAACUUUUACAGUCCCUUGGCUUCUGGGCUGCAUUUACAGACUGUGAGCCGACAAUGGCAUUUCAUGACUACAUGUGCGCCUUUCAGAGGAUAAUGGAAAGGCUUAAAAGUUUGCUUUCUGAAACUUUACGAGUAUGGGGUGUUCUUCCGCUUAGGGUGCCACUGCAUUCUGAUACAGCCGUUUUUGCACCUUGUGAUGAUACUUUUGAAUCACAAUCAUGGUUUCUAAACGAUGUUUGUAACAACAAUAGUCUAACUGCAGCAGAUGUAAAAUCGGACUGCACCAUUGAAGACGCCGGUUCAAUGAAUCGAAGGGUUUGUCAUUUAUCGGUUGAAGAAGCUAUUUGCUUUUCUGAAGAAGUGGAGAGUCUCAUCUCUAAGCUGAAUCCAACUAUUGAGGUCUGUUCAAAACUCCACCCUCAGAUGGCCAGGAAGUUGACACUCACUUCAGCCCAAUGUUUAAUGUACUCAAGAUGCUCAACCUUAGUCGCAAAAUUCAUUUCUUCUUCCAUUGGUGUCGAGAAACAGAAUAUCCUUCCAGCUGACUUGGCUGCUGAUUUUCCAGCUCAUUGGAGGACAGGUCUUGAAGGUUUAGCUGAAACGGUUCAUGUCCUUUUAGAAUCCCAUUGCUGGGUUGUUGCAUCAAUAGUGCUUGAUUGCAUUCUUGGGCUCCCGAUGUGUUUUUCUUUGGAUAAUGUGAUUGCCUCCAUAUGUUCUGCAAUAAAGACAUUUUCAUGUAGUGCACCUAAAGUAUCAUGGAGGUUGCAGUGUGAUAAGUGGUUAUCUUCCUUGCUUGCAAGAGGCAUUCACGAUGAUCAUGGAACUGAUCACUCAAUUAUUGAUCUUCUCUUGUCCAUGAUUGGUCACCCGGAGCCAGAACAGCGUUUUCUUGCACUUAAUCAUUUGGGGAAGCUUGUAGGCCGAGAUGUUGAUGGUGAUACAGAAAUCUUGGCUUUUACUGCUUGCAGCAAAUUGAAUCAGCCUGAGCUAGUUGCUUCUAGUUGUCAUUCAAUAUCAGCUGCUCUUGUUUCUAGUACAUGGGAUCAGGUAGUUGUAGUAGCAUCAUCUGACAUGUCAUUACCAUUAAGAAUUCGGGCCAUAGCACUUCUUAUAAGUUACGUUCCAUUUGCUGAGCGGCAUCAGUUGCAAUCCCUUCUGACUGCAGUUGACACUGUUCUUUAUGGUUUAACAAAUCUUGCUCAGCCAACGUGUGAGGGUCCACUGAUACAACUUUCAUUGGCACUCGUUGCUAGUGUCUGCCUCUAUUCUCCAGUUGAAGAUAUUUCUUUAAUUCCUCAAGCUAUUUGGCAAAAUAUUGAGAUUAUAGGAAAGCUAGAAACUGAAAAGAGAUCAGGUGAUCUUGAGAGAAUGGCAUGCCAGGCGUUGCUUGGUCUAAGAAAUGAAGAAGAUGGUUCAAAAGAGACUCUAGAGAAAUUAUUUUCUUCAAGUUUUCACAAGCAUAUGGACCCAGAUUUCGAAAGUACGCGUGGAACAAUUCUCCAGGUCCUUUCCAAUUUAACUUCUGUCAAGUCAUAUCUGGAGUUUUUCUCAAAGAAAACUGAUCAAAAGGUUAUGGAAAUGGAGGAGGCGGAACUCGAGAUGGACCUUAUCCUAAAUGAACAAGGGAUGUCAGAAUCAUUUAAAGAACUCAAAGAUUUUCCGGAUCUCCCUUUUCUUUCAACUAAUGCGAAGGAUGAUAACCGCAUUCAGCAAAUCAGAGAUAGGAUACGCUCCCUUGAAAAGUUAAAACUCAAAGAAGAUAUUAUAGCCCGUAGACAAAAAAAGUUACUUGUAAGACGUACCCGCCAAAAAUAUUUGGAAGAGGCGGCUUCACGCGAGGCAGAACUUAUUCAACGACUAGAUAGUGAGAGGACGGCUGAAGCUGAAAGAGAGAUCGAGAGACAACAGCUGCUGGAACUUGAGCGUGCAAAAACCAGAGAGCUUCGGCACAACCUUGACAUGGAAAGAGAAAAGCAGACACAGAGAGAACUUCAAAGGGAGCUAGAGCAAGCCGAAGCUGGAAUUCGCUCAUCAAGGCGAGAAUUUUCUUCUUCUAACAGGCAACCUCGAGAAAGGUUUCGUGAGAGAGAAAAUGGAAGACCAGUCAAUGAAGGCAACCUCAGAACUAGUACUGCCAGUAUGCAACCUGACUCGAUGAUGCCAACAGUUGUUUUAUCGGGGUCCCGCCAGUUUUCAGGCCAACUUCCUACCAUUCUUCAAUCACGAGACCGCCAAGAUGAAGGUGGUGGCAGUAGUUAUGAAGAAAAUUUCGAUGGAAGUCGAGACUCGGGUGAUACAGGAAGCAUUGGGGACCCGGAGCUAGUAUCAGCCCUUGAAGGCCAGGCUGGUGGAUCUGGUUCUUCCCAGAGGCAUGGUCCUAGAGGAAGCAAGUCUAGGCAGAUCAUGGAACGGAGAGAUCGGGAUGGUCGUCGGGAAGGGAAAUGGGAGAGAAAACAUUAGCAAAGUAAUGGUUUAGGGAUUUAGUUCAAAGGGUAAAUGAAGGGGGUGCAUAUGUUUAGAUGCAUGUUGUAAACUUGUCUUUCUUUUAUUACAGGGAGGGGGUUAUUUUGUAAAAAAGCUUAUAUGCUUAGAAAUAGACAAUCUUUUGUAGCUGUAUAUUUGUAGCAUGAGAUUGAAAAGUAUUGUUUCAACUUUACAAUUUCGGCAGUCUUUAAUCAUGCCUAUAAAUAUUUUUAUAAUAAUAAUUUGAUCAUCACAA